AUGAAGAAGAUUGGCAGGGCUGCUUUUAAGGAAAUCAACUAUUUGAAAGAGAGGAAGAAUGUGUCGGCUGAGAUUGUUGGGGCCGAGGGGUCGGCUCGUACUCAUCCUGCUCCCACCGUGUCGAAAAACCAGAAGCCUUCUGCUGCGGAAACGGCAUUGGGCAAACACUCUUCUGGGUCGGCUACGAUGGUCGGGGUUACUAAAGAACGCGACCCGGCGGCUUUGGUUUCUUCAGCGACGGAUCCUUCUUGA